CAUUUCAGAGCACCGUGACAAUGAUCCCGGCCCACGACAGCCCUCUGGCUGCUCUCGCGUUCAACACCUCUGCAACCAAACUUGCCAGUGCUUCAGAGAGGGGCACCGUCAUCCGAGUCUUCUCUGUUCCUGAGGGUCUUCGUCUGUUUGAGUUUCGCCGAGGAAUGAAGAGGUAUGUCAACAUAAGCUCUUUAUCAUUCAGCUCUGAUGGCCAGUUUCUCUGUGCCUCCAGCAACACAGAGACGGUGCAUAUCUUUAAACUGGAACAACUGGGACUGAGUGGAGAGGACGAGGCUGCCACCUGGACAACCUAUGUAGGGAAGAUGUUUUCAGCAGCUAGCAGCUACCUCCCUGCUCAGGUGUCAGGCAUGAUGAGCCAGGACCGGGCUUUCGCCACCGUUCACCUCCUCUCAUCUGGCCAGAGGAACGUCUGCACCCUGGUCACGAUCCAGAAGCUUCCACGGCUGCUGGUGGCCACUGCUGACGGCCAGCUGUUCAUCUACAACGUGGAUCCUCAGGAUGGAGGAGAGUGUCAGCUAGCUCACAAACACAGGAUCCUCGGCAUAGAUGAUGACAACGAGGAAGGACCACAGCCAGGCGGGUCACAGGUCAUCGGGCGGGUGCAGUCUUCUCCAUCUUAUGCUGAAACUGCUGCCUUACCAGCAUUUGGUCCCGUCACCGCCACCCUCACCGGUUACUCUGAGGAUGGCGGGACUAAGAAUGGUGAAGUCAUUCCAGAGCACGAGUUUGCCGCCGGUCCCGUUUGUCUGGAUGAUGAGAACGAGUUUCCUCCUGUGAGCGUCCAGACGUGCUAAACGUUAGCCAAAGCCUUUUCUCCAGCUUCCGAUCAUGUCAUCCAAGCAGCUCAGAGAAGAUCAGCUGAUCAUAUUUGAGAAGAUGUGAUCAUGUUUCAAUCAGAAACUUUAGUUCUGAACACAGUUCACAUCAGAAACUAACGCAGUUCAUUCACCAGCCACAAAUCGCUAUCAAGAUGCAACUCUUCGUUUAUUUUUUUAAAUCAAUUUGAUUUUUUUUAAAACCACGUUAACAGUCAGACUGGCGCACACUGGGACCAGUGGUGGAGGUUUUGGCCCAUUUCCAUCCAUCCAGACACAGUGUGACGUUGCUCUGGACGUGAGCAGAUCAGAUUGUUGAAGGAAAAUUCCAGUUUUCCAGGUUGGAUUAUGCUAACGUUACACCUCCAUGUACAGAUUUAGGACAUGAAGAACCAACAGGAAUAAAACUCUCUGCAGAAGCUGCAGAAAUAUCUGAACCAGUUUAUUUCCUUUUUAUACUCACUGGAAUUUUCCUUUAAUUCAGAAGACGUUGGGACAUAAGCUAACCAAGUAAGUGUGUUCAUGUGUCUUGAUAAAUAAACUGAUGCAGCAGCAGGACUGGAGGUGACCUGGGGAUGUGCUCGUGAGUGGGUAGAGGGACAGAUGGACAAACCCCAAAACUGAAUGUCUCAUGGUGCUAAAUACAGUUAGCCCCUUCUGCUGCGUUACAGCAGAGAGACUUUUUUUUAUUAUUUUUUUGGCUCAAACAAAUCAAAACUACCGAAUCUGUAAUUAUUUAGAUUAUUUUAACCUUUAAAUGUAAAUCUAAAGGUUGGUUUUCUAAAGAGAAACUGAAAUUGGAAUUUCAAACUUUUUGAAGAGAAACACUUUCUUCUAAAAACCAUGACCAGAACGGGGCCAGAAAUGGAGGAAAACUGGCCUGAAGGGACAGAAACAUUGCUGAUGACCUGCACCUGGGAAGGAAAACCAGACCAAGCAGUAGAUCUGAGUGUAAAAUGAGAGAAGGAGUGUUACAGAACGCUUCCAGUAAUGGUCAUGCAUCCAGAAUCAUCCACAGAGAUUCAUAUUUCACCAUUUUCUCAUGUAUUUAUUCACAGGAAUGAACUUGUUUUCCCUUAAAAUCCUUCACACAGCAUCUUAUAAUGACACCACGGCCAUUUUCCAACGUUUCCAGAGAUGUCCAGGUCUGUGUUCUGGCUGGGUUACUCAGUGAUGCUCCCAGGUUGGGUGCUUUGAUUGGUUGUCCUGUUGGAGGUUGAUUCUCUGGCCCAGUCCAGAGCACUCUGGAACAAGUUUUCAUCCAGGAUCGCUGCAUUCAUCUGUCCUUCAUUCCUGACUGGUUUCACUGUUCCUCCACACAGCAUGAUGGUGCCACCACCGUGCUUCACUGUAGGGAUGGUGUUGCCGGAUUUCCUCCAGCUCAGACCAAAGAGUUCCAUUUUGUUAUAUCAGACUAGAAAAUGUAGUUUUUCAUGGCCUGGGAGUCUUUCACGGGCCUUUCGGCAAACUCCGGGUGGGCUGUCCUAUACACUGCCCGUCUAAAAACAAAUCCCACACUCAUAUUUAGUUGGAUGUUUUUAUCUUUGAUUCCAGCAGCUUCCCUGUGGCAUCGUCUCUAGAAGCUACUGCAACAUCACCAGAUUUAUUUCCAUCCAGUGUUGCAUUAAUUUUUCUUCAAGAUCUGGUGUUGAUGAUGGAGAGUCCGACCACUGAGCAAAGCCUUCUCCGGCAUAUCCCAAAGAUCCUCCAUGGGGUUCAGCUCUGGACUCUAGUGGCCGAUACAUGUGUGAACAUAUCUCCUGUUCCCUGAACCACUCUUUUACAGUCUGAACCCCAUGAAUCCUGCACUGAGCUGUCAGGGAAGAUAGAAUAACCUGCUCAUUCAGGAUAUUCAGGCUUUCACUAUUAAACAUGGUCCUGAGUUCUACUGCUGUUUUUCUUCCAUCUGGUUCCACCAAACGUUGAAUCACUGAUCACCAUCAUUCAGGACGUUAUUCUGACCACAUUUCUUCCUGGAACACUAUGGUUCCCACCAUCCUUCCAGUUUUUAAUGAUGGUUGGACAUUUCUGAACCUGGUUCUAUAGUUUCUGCUUCUCUCUGAGAUGUUUUCUCUGCUUGAUGGUCUGACCCUUCUGGACCAGACUAAUAUCUUUUCCCUGACCCCGGGACGUCUUUCCAUGUGGUUGAUGAACAAAGAAUUGAAUUCGUUUUUUAAAUAAGUUAGUAGAUAAAAUGUGUAAAUAGUGAAGCUCUGUGGAGACUUUCUGUAGUUUAGAUCAUCAGCGGUGACAUUUUGAGCACGUUGGCUGUAAACUAACCAGGAGGUCUUUUAGUUUUUGCAUGCUGGAGAGGAAAUAUAAGCAUUACAUUAUUACUUGACAGAUAUUCUAUUAUGUUGCAUUAUUGUAGCGACAUGUUUAUUAUCUAAAUAAUAUUUUUAUUAGCUCAGAUAUUUUGUGUUUCAUAACAUUUAACUGCAUUGUAUUCAGUGUUUCAGUGGAUGCUUCCUGGACACCUUUCAGAGGGUGAAAACAUUGUUUGUUUCUGCCAGAAAAAAUACAGCCUGUUUUACUAAAUACACACAACUGAAAGAAACUAAAGAAAUAUACUCUUAGAAUGAA